CACUCCCCUCAUCUUUGACUCUAUUCAUACUUCUCAUCUUUCCCUUGCAAAAAAAAUACACACAGCAAAAAAAAAAAAAAUUAAUUUACUUUCAUCUCCCUAUCUUCUUCACUGCUUCAUUCAAUUAUCUUAUUGCUUUUCUGACGAUAAUAAACACUUUUCACUACUGUGGAGCUUAGAAUUGGUGAAGAACAAGAACUAAUAGUCGCGGCAAUAGAGCAAAGUAAAGAACAGCAUGCUGUGGUGUAGUUUAUCUGUUGAUGUAUAUCGGAAAGUUAUCUCCUUGAACUUGUAUUGCCGUGUGAUUCUGUAAAAUUCCCUUUUCAAGAUAAUCAGUUCUUUGUGGCCUAUAGAUAGAUUACUUUUUCUCACCUUAGAAUUCAAGUAUUCAUUAUAAUCUCUUUCCAUGGGAUCUACGCGUUUCGUUGUCAUACCUUGUUACGUUCGUAGGAUUAGCUGAGAAUUUUAGUCACUUUCAUCUUAGUCUUGGUGAGAAUUUUCUUUGUUAAUUAGUUCAGCCUUUCAUCUUGAGUCUUUUUGAGAAUAUUUUCUGUAGCAUUCAAUCUUUCUGUUUUGUGGAGAGUGAUUUUCCUCUUGACAUUUUCUGUUGUGGUGAUUGUUCAAUCAUUUUUUUGAGGGGAUUGUUCGGAAUUCUUUUGCUUGUUGAUUGUUCUGCUGGAGGAUUGAGGUGUUGUAUUGAGUGAAAGGGUUGGGAACAAGUAGUUAUGGUGUGCCAAGCAGCUAGUCAGACGAGAUUUCGGGCAUUGAAACAUGAAAAUGGAAUUGAUGGGUCUGCCACCAUAAUUGUUAGAGUAAUAGCAUGCUUUCAACCUCUCCAAGAUUGCCAGGCUGAAUACUUCCGUCAUUUGCUUAAGCCUGUCACGUAGAUCGAUCUUUCUUUACCGCGUUCAAGUUAAGCUGGAGUUUUUAGUUUUUCUUUAUUUAGCAAGAGUGCAAGAAAUAAUCAGCAAUUCGUAGUUUUGCAGUUGUUUCGAACUGGUGAUUGUUAAGGUUGAAUGGAAAAGGACUUUGUCUCUUCAUUCCAUCACCAGCAUUCAGAUCUGCAGUUAGCCCAUUUGAAUUUUUCUUACCCACGAUUUGAUAUAGGGCAGCAGAGUUCUUUUCCUACUUACAUGACUCCUCAUUCAAAUGCGGUUCCUAUGAAUGGGAAUUCUCCAUUUUUCACAUUUUCCGGGCUGCCAGAGUCGCAUGCAAGCUGGCCAACAGAAACUUGCAAUUGGUUAUAUUAUUCGCCUCAGUUUUAUCAGGGCUUUAAUCCUGUUUCGACUACUUUACCUAAAGAGAAGUCUGCUCCUCGAGCACUUGAAAAUCUGGAUGGUAACAAACAUCCUAAUGGAGGCACAACAUCUGCUCAGAAGAGAUUCCUUGUUUUUGAUCAAUCUGGUGAUCAGACAACUUUGGUCUAUAAUUCUGCUAAUGGUACUCCUGUACAAUGCCCCGCUUCUUUGAAUCCAAAAGCUCCAGUCCUUAAGGAAGAUCCAGAGAUCAAAAGGAAUGAAGCUUCUCCAUUUGGGCAUUUCUUCGAUGAUGAAUAUUAUGAAGAAAACAACAGAGAUGAUGUCGAAAGUGAAAUGCAUGAGGAUACUGAAGAACUGAAUGCCCUACUCUACUCUGAUGAUGAUAAUGAUUAUUCCAAGGAUGAUGAAGAAACAAGCACUGGUCACUCGCCUAGUACUAUGACCACUCAUGAUCUGCCAGAGUGGUUUGAUGAAAGGGGUGAAGUAGUAGCUAGUUCUGCUGGGGCGACCAAAAGGCAUAAGCUUCUCGAUGGUAGCUAUGAUACACCAGAGCUCAGGGAUACUGCAACCUCCACAAAAGCCUAUACGUGCUCCGACUUAGAGGAUGAUGCACAAUCCAGUUGUGGCGACGACCUCAAACAAGAUUCAGGAGCACCAGGUUCUCCAUCUGGGAAAAAGAGGCUAAGAAAAGAUAAAAUUCGCCAGACAAUAAGCAUUUUGCAGGAAAUAAUCCCCGGGGGGAAGGGAAAAGACUCGAUGGUUGUUAUUGAUGAAGCAAUCCAUUACUUGAGAUCCCUGAAGGUGAAAGCCAAGUCUCUAGGACUUGAUUCUCUUUGAGCUUCAGCUUGCGACUGGUCAUCAUAUUAUUUGAGUUACUAAUGGUAUUUCUUCUUGUAGCUUCGCUCUGGUCGGAAGUACGUAUUAAAGGUUUUGAAUUAAAUAAAGCUGAAUUAGAGUUUUAAUGGUAUGGCAAAACAUGGCUGAUCAGAAUACGCCAUAAACCAAGUAAACGAGAUUGGAGAAUCCCUUUUGAGAGUCUUUAUUCCAUUAUUCUUGUUGGGAACCAUUGGCUGUGGCUUUGAAAAUCAGUGGUGGUGUCUUAUUCAUGUCUUCUUUUUUGUUCUUGUCAUGCUUCCAUAAAGGGUGGUGAAUCAUGAGUUCAUAUCUUGACCCCCAAGAGAAAAAAGUUGAUUCUGCCCUUUGGAAAUGUGUUUAGCCUGCCCACAUAAUUGUUCGUUGUCUGUGUGAACGAUAUAGGUGAAUUGUUACCUCAGUAGGACCCUGGAGAAGUUGUAGUGCACGCUUGGUGGCUAAUUUGGGUCCCAAAUCUCACUUUCUUACUCUUUUUUUCAUUGAUCCUGUCACAUUGGGCAUUUCUUUUUCUUAUCUUAAAGGCAGGGCAAUUGAUGAGUCUCUCUUUUGGUUACAAUAAGUAUAUGUUGUGUUCUGAGGUGAAAUGGAUCUUGACCCUUUUGUGUAUCAAGCCAAUCUUGUCAAAAAGAGUUGGAAAAAAUAUUAUAUCAUGUCGCUGCUACUGUUUGACACAUGACUAGUUUGAGAGCUUCUUGGUUGUGUAAAAAAUUGUACUACUAUUGUGAGUUUGUGUAAGUAAUACUAUCAUGUUGUGGUGUUUGUGUUGUGAGAAUAUUUAUUAACUAUGUUUGUGUUGGUUUUGUCUUUA